CCAAAAACCGUUGGAAUGUUGUCUUCAACACUUCCUCAUUUUUGUUCUCUCUUGCUUCUACUUCUACUUCUUCCUCUCCUUCCCACUGUUUUCACUACCUACACCAAAGAUGACUGUAAUAGAUGGCUGCAGAUACCCUCUUUUGUUGCAAAGCCAAGAACUGGUAUCCAGUCCCCUUCAGGUGAAUUCAUCUUUGGAUUCCAUCCUCUUGAAAGUAGUGAGAAAGUGAAUCAAUUCUUGCUUGCAGUUUGGUUUAAUAAAACCAAAGAUCCAACUAUAGUUUGGUCUGCAAAUGGCAAUAAACCAGCACCAGAAGGUUCAGAACUGAAACUGUCGAGCAACAAAGAGUUUGUUCUCAAUGACCCUGAUCAAGACAGUGAGAUAUGGAAGCCUCAAAGGAAUGGUUCUUCCAAAUCCAGUUGCUUUGUUAUGCUGGAUAAUGGGAACUUGGUGAUUUUAGAUGAACAGUAUAAUUCUAUAUGGGAAAGCUUCAAGGAGCCUACUGAUACAAUUUUGCCUGGCCAAAUACUGUACAUGAAUACCACACUCAGGUCUCACCAAUCUGAGACUAAUUAUUCUGAUGGGCGCUUUGAGGUUUCGUUACAGUUGGAUGGCAAUUUCGUGCUUUAUUAUUUAUUGUCUGAAAAAAUUAGAAGACCUUAUUAUGCCACUAUGACACUGCAAUGGAUAUCAGUGUUGAACUUUACUGAGGAUGGACGCAUGUACAUCCUAGACACAAACAACUCCACCAACAACAAGAGCCUUACUGAGAAAAAUCCAGGCUCAAAAGAAUCCUUCUACCACAUGGCUAGAAUUGAUCCUGAUGGAGGAUUCAGAUUAUACAGUCACCCCAGAAGGGAGAACCCCACAAGUGAUGGACUUGAGAGCUGUUCUUCUUCAUCCUGGAUUGAAGUGCAAAGCAUUCCUGAUGAUACAUGUGGCAGAUUUGAUGCUAACACUUUUGUAGGUGGGUUAUGUGGACUCAACGGCAUUUGUCAAACCUCAGAUGAAUCAAGUGGGAACGGAAAAACAUUUUGCACGUGUCCUUAUGGAUUUUCUCCCUUAGACCCAUCCAAUGGUUGGGCAGGGUGUAAACCAAAUUUUCCAUUACCCAGCUGCGAUAAUGGAUGGGAAGCAAAUAAAGACCGUGUAAAGUUUGCACAGCUUCAAAAUAUGGACUGGCCGUUGUCGGAUUACAGCUUUCUUCAAGGGGUUAAUGAGACAGAGUGUAAACAACAAUGCCUUGACGAUUGCAUGUGUGUUGUGACCAUUUAUGAAAAAACAGGUGAUUUUUGUUGGAAGAAGAAGUAUCCUCUGUCCAAUGGAAGAUAUAGCAUAACUAUUACGAGAAAAGCUUUCAUCAAGGUACUUAUAGACCCUGGUUCAGAGAAGAAAGGCCAGUCUACGGUAGUUGUUUUGGCACUACUCCUUGGCAGUUCUGCAUUUCUCAAUAUCCUUUUCUUCUCAGCUAGUAUAGUGGCUAUUAUCUACUUGUACCACAAAAGACGGAAUUCACGAUGGAAUAUUGAUAGCACACUUGCAACAAAUGUGAGAAGCUAUACAUAUAAAGAGCUGGAAGAAGCAACUAGAGGCUUCAAGCAAAUAGUGGGAAAAGGUGCUUUUGGAACGGUUUACAAAGGGGUCCUUGCAUCAGAUUCUAAAAGAUUUGUCGCAGUCAAGAAGUUAGGUAAGGUGGUAGAGGAAGGUGAGAAGGAAUUCAAAACAGAAGUUAGCGUGAUCGGUCAGACUCAUCACAAGAAUUUAGUCCGUUUGCUCGGUUAUUGUGAUGAGGGGCAGAACCGGCUUCUAGUAUAUGAGUACAUGUGUAAUGGCUCUUUAGCUAGCUUUCUCUUUGGGAUAUCCAGGCCUCAUUGGAACCAAAGGGUGCAAAUUGCUUUUGGAAUAGCAAGAGGUUUAAUGUACUUACAUGAAGAGUGCAGUACUCAGAUUAUCCACUGCGACAUAAAACCUCAAAACAUACUCCUAGAUGAGUACUAUACACCAAGAAUUGCUGAUUUUGGAUUAGCAAAGCUUUUGUUGGCCGAGCAAACUCGAGCAGCUCGGACAGGAAUAAGAGGGACAAUUGGGCCUCAUUGGAACCAAAGGGUGCAAAUUGCUUUUGGAAUAGCAAGAGGUUUAAUGUACUUACAUGAAGAGUGCAGUACUCAGAUUAUCCACUGCGACAUAAAGCCUCAAAACAUACUCCUGGAUGAGUACUUUACACCAAGAAUUGCUGAUUUUGGAUUAGCAAAGCUUUUGUUGGCCGAGCAAACUCGAGCAGCUCGGACAGGAAUAAGAGGGACAAUUGGAUACUUUGCACCAGAAUGGUUUAGGAAAGUAUCCAUUUCGGUUAAGGUUGAUGUGUACAGUUUUGGUGUGAUGUUACUAGAGAUCAUUUGCUGCAAGUCUAGUGUAGCAUUUUCACUAGGAGAAGAGGAGGCAUUGGUAGAUUGGGCUUAUGAAUGCUACAAAGAUAAAAAAUUAGAUAAGUUGAUAGAAAAUGAUGAAGAGGCAAGGAAUGACAUGAAGAGGCUAGAAAGGCUUGUGAUUGUAGCGAUUUGGUGUAUUCAAGAAGAUCCUUCACUGAGGCCUUCAAUGAAAAAGGUCACACAAAUGCUUGAGGGAGUGAUUGAAGUUUCCGUGCCCCCAAGCCCUUCAUUGUUUACUUCUUCUCCGCCUUCAUUCAAAAAAUAG